GCUGCAUCCCUCAUACCUGCGGCUGUCCGCCCUGCUGCAGCUAUAUGCUGCACAUCUCAUUAAAUCGCUGGUGCGUAGUGAGCGCAACCAGCAGGUGAUGUGUGUGGGGGGACUGUGCCGGGUGCUGGGGGACUGGGGGGCGGUGGUGCUGAUGCAGGAGCACCAUCCCCUACAUCCUCUCCUGCACUACAUCUACGAGAGACUUGCCGCCCACUGCAUCACCCCUCCUGAACUCAGAUCGUUCCUGCGUCUGGGUGACCCGCUGAACUGCCGCAGCAUUGAGGCCUUCAACUGCAACGAUGAGGCCACCCACCGGGGCCCUGUGCCUCUGGCCCGAGUCAGGACCCUUGUUGCCAUGAAGACAUUUUCUAAAUGA